UCCAGUAGAUUCUCAUUUCAUGCUCGAACUCGCACGGACGUGUCGCGGAUGUCGGAAGGUGGAGCUCCUGUGAAUUGUUCUUGUGCGCCGCGCACAAAACCUCAAUACAGCCAAAUCAGGCAGUGCCUGCAGGCUUUUGUGUGAAUAAAACGUGCACUUGCAGCGCGGGAGAGCGAGAACCAACGGCCCAGCACGCUGUUAAGUAAUUUUUAGUGUUUGUGUUUUUAACGUGUAAAACCCGAAAAAAUCUAUGCCUUUUGCAUAACAAAAACAAGCCAAGCAAAUAAAAUUAAACAGAAAAAGAGCAAUAAACACACAUACACGUAAACAUAUACGUAAAGAGAGAAACGGACGCCUACGUCAAUAAGCGAAAAACGGAAGGAUGCUGCUGAUGUCACCGCCGUUGCAAUAGCAACACCAAUCCCAUAAAGCCGAAGGAAAAUCAACCCCUGCUGCACCCAGUCCUCCCCCCGAGAACAAGCCACACACAUGUUGCUGCCACAACUAAGAUGCUCAGCGCUGCCAAUGCAACUGCAACAGCAACACAUGGAGCAGCAGCAGUCGCUAUUGCCGCAGCCGAGACUUAUGUCAUAACAAACAAACAGCAGCAACAUCAGCAUCAGCAGCAACAACAAGCAUUUGUUGUUGCCGCCAACAAAAUGGUGAUACCAGCGACGGGAGCUACGAUCGCCGGUAUUCCAACAGCAACAACAACAGCAGCCGCCGAGUCAACAGCAGCGCAGCAAGACCAGCAGCAGCAGCAACAUGUUCUGUUUCAGCCGCACCUACAGACAACAAGCGCAACUGCAGCAACCAGCACACCUCAGCAACAGCAACCACCUCAGCCGCGGCAGCAUCCCAAGAAGCGAAAGUUCGAUCCAGCCGAGCUGGACAAGACCGAGCAGCAUCCCCAACAGCAGCACCAGCAGCAAGUGAGCCUGCAGAAGCAGCAGAAACCCGCCGAUACAUCUGGCAACAGCGAUGGCCUGGCUAACGGUAAUCAGCAGCAUCGCAUGAUCGUGAGUUGCGGUGCAGGCGCCGGCAACAAAAGUAGCAGCAGCAGCAACAGUAACAGCAGCAGCGAUAUCAAGCAGCAGCAGCAACGUAUUAUCAUUGCAUCCCCGCAACAUGCCAGCGGUAGUACUUACAAGCAACAUGUUGCCAGCGGCAACAAUAGUCACGCAGCCACAAUCAAUCAUCAACAACGCACACACACGCCCACAACCGCCGUCUACUACCAACAGCAACAGCAGCAGCAGCAGCUACAACAGCAACCACAACGUUUUAGCUUUAACUCAAACAAUCAGCAACAUGUACAGGAACAACACCAGCAGCAACAGCAGCCAUCCCUGCUCGAUCUCAGCGAGUGGAACAACACGCGUGUCCUAGCCAAAAUCCAGAAUAACUAUGCUCCCGGGGUAAUACGCCACGCCCAGGAGGCGUCUCCCGACUCAAUACUCGUGGAAUUCGAUUCCACCGAUUUGGGAUUACUGCUAUAUACGGAUGUGUUGCACCAGGGUCGUAACCAUGUGAUACUCGAUGCCAGCCCGCCCAUGGCGGAUAUUACGCUCGAUGCCCGUGUCUGCGUGCGCCAACGGGUAGAAGGACGUGGCUCUGGAAGCUUCGUCUACGUGGAGGGCAUCAUUACUGACAUCAACCAGAACACGAAGCAAUACAGCGUGCAACUGAUCGGCGAUGAAAUGCCCACCACCAAGGUAGUGCGUCGAGCCGAUCUACGGCUCCUGCAGCCGCCUUGGUGGGACGAGCUCAACGAACUGACAAUGACGGGUGGAGCAAGUGCCUCCGCUUCCAGUGCCAAGCGGAAGGUGUCGGCAGCGGGAGCAGGAGCAGGAGCUGCAGCUUGCGAGGCGAUGGCCGUGCCCAGUGGCAAUAUCGUUUACCCGAAAGCGGCCACCGGCACCCCGUUGACCUUCGUGGCCACCCGUUACGAUGGCAAGCUGCCCACGGCACCACCCACAACGUCCCAUCAGCAGGCGCAGCAGCAACUGGUGAAACAAGAAGAGUAUUAUCGAACGACGGCCACUUCGCCUUUCCAGACGCGACCCCCCAUCGCCGGGCCCUCCCACGGAUCGGAGCAAGUGGUCCAGGCGACACAGUCGCAUCCCCAGCAGUACAACGGCCUGGCGGACAUCGUGAUCUCCACGUGCAGCAAUGGGCAGCACCUCAAGAUGCAGCAGCAACAGCAGCAGCAAUCGUCGCGGGGCUACGACGACUACGACUCGGACGAUGAACUCAAAAGGGUCGGCAUUGGAUACUCGCCAGCGGCCGGCGACCUGGACACGGAGAAGAUGAGCGCCUGCAGCAAGCGGAGCAGCAUGCAGAGCCGCGGCAGCACGUCCAGUCUUCUCGACCAGAGGCUUACACCCCGAUCUCAUCCAGCAACACCAAGUGCCAUCCACAGAUCUCAGGCCACUACGCCGCACCGCUUCAAGAAGGGAGACAUCGUGGAGUCGGAGUCCGGCGUGCGGAAGAAGUACAACGGGAAGCAGUGGCGUCGCCUGUGCAUGCUCUGCACCAAGGAAUCUCAGCGACGCGGUUACUGCUCACGGCACCUCAACCAGAAGGGCAACAACAGUGCCCUGCCCUCGUCCACGGGCCCGGGUCGUCUGCUCAGUGACAGUCGAUCGAGCAGUAAGACGCAGAUCGAUGAGGACACCUCUCGCGACUCGGAGACGUCGCCCAACUACCGGGUCAAAGGUCGCUACGACCAGGAGGAGACCGAUGCGGCCGUCAUGCUGGUAUCGCUGAGCAGCUCUCGAUCUGCCACGCCCUCGUACACCUCACCUGUUAACCAUGCCGGAGCCUCUCCUUUGAAUGCCAUUGCCCAUUCGCCGGUGAAUGUGUCCGCCACUCACAGGCAGAACUUUUUCACACCCAUUGCCAACCAGUCGCAGCAGCAACAGCAGCAACCUGUGGCCGUACCGCUCGACUCGAAGUGGAAAACAACACCCAGUCCGGUGCUCUACAAUGCCAACAACAACAGCAGCAGCAAUAACAACACCAGCAGCAAUAACAACACCAGCAACAACAACAACAAUGACUGGGAGGUGGGCAGCAACAGCAAUACUCAUGUUGCAGCUACGGCACCAGCAACAUCAACAGUUCGCGCUCAACCACUGCCGCCGCAAACGACGCCCGUUUCGCUGGUGAUGCAUGCCCCACCGCAGCAGCACCCACUGCAUCAGCACCACCACCACCAACCGCCUCCACCGCCACCUGCCAGUUUGCCAGCCCCAUCGGCACCAGCCACCAGCGGCAGCAGCAGCAGCCACAACAACGUGGGCCAUGCCACCAGCGUUAUACGCAUUUCAAGCAGCCAGCAGCAACAUCAGCAGCAACAGCAGCAGUCACAUCCACAUGUAGUUGUGUCCGGCGGACAGACUUUUCAUCCCGUAAUUGUGGACGCCACUCAGCUAUCGGUGCCGCUGCCACCAACAACGGUUUCAUUUCACCAGCCAAACACGCCCACCUCAACAGCGGCAUCAAUAGCUUCAAUGGGGCAGGACAAGAUGCUGCCAAAAAACGGCUACAAUGCGCCCUGGUACAAGAUUUUACCGCAUAUGACGCCUAUGAGCAAGGCGUCCCCAGCUCCGGUCACUCCGACGCUAACCACAUCGGCCGGCAGUUACAAUGUCGUCAUGAUGCAACAGCAACAGCAUCAGCAGCUUCAACAACAGCAGCAGCAGCAACAGUCACCACCCCAGAUGCCGCUGAACCACAACAACAAUCAUCUGAUUGUGCCCGCCCCACUAAGCUCGCCGGGCAAACCACUCAACUGCUCAAUGAACGAUGCCAAGGCAGCGGCAGCAGCAGCGGCCGCAGUUGCCAAUCAGAGGCAACAGCAGCAGCAGGAGGAGCCGGACGAUCAGCUGGACGAUGAUGUGUUCGAGGCCACGACUCCCGUGAUCAGCGCUAACAGUAAGAAACCAACUGCGGCUAUGCGUCUGCCCACCCACAACAGCAACAUACGCAAGCUGGAGGAAUGCCAUGAUGCAAGCGAUGGAACUGCAGGUGCACCAGCCACCUCGGCUGCCAAGCGAAGGAGUCAAUCGUUGAGCGCUCUGCAGCAACAGCAGCAGCAGCAACAGCAGGCUGGAGCGGCAGGAACAGCAGCUGGGCAGCCGGCGAACAAGAAAAUCCGAAGACCCAUGAACGCUUUUAUGAUCUUCUCAAAAAAACACCGCAAAAUGGUGCACAAGAAGCAUCCGAAUCAGGACAACCGUACGGUCAGCAAGAUUCUGGGCGAGUGGUGGUACGCCCUGAAGCCAGAGCAGAAGGCUCAGUACCACGAGCUGGCCAGCUCUGUUAAGGAUGCACACUUCAAACUGCACCCGGAGUGGAAGUGGUGCUCCAAAGAUCGCCGCAAGUCAUCUACCUCGACAGCCACGCCUGGUGGAAAGGCGGGCGGAGCGGCUGGAACAGGUGACGCCAAGCAACGUCUGGUCUCAGUGGAUGGUUCCGAUUCCUUGGAGCACGAUAUGUGUCCCUCAACGCCAGGAGGCAGCGGCAGCUGCGGUGGUCAGGGCAUGUCGUCCGAUUUGCAGGGAGACAUUAUACCGCUGACGAUUGACAACUAUAAUAGCACCUGUGAUGAGGCUCCAACUACGAUCUCGAUGAAAGGCAACGGAAAGCUGAUGAAGAACGAGUUGCCAUCUGACGAGGAUGAGCAUAUGCUGGUGGUGGAGGAGGAGCCUCAGCAGCCGGUGAAGAAGCUUGACCUGCACUGCCGCGAGCGGGUGAAUGACUCAGAAAUGGACGACACCCCCUUUGACUACCGCAAGCAGCAGCCAGAGGCCAAUCAGCGUUCUGCAGAGGAACAUAAUACAUCCGGUGCAAAUGGCCAGGCCAUAAGCGCACCGCCGCUCAACGGAGGAGAGCGCGAAAUCACACUCAAACCGAAGGCUAUCAAAGCACAUCCGGUGCUGGAGAGCAACAUGCUGCCAUACACCCAGAUGUCCAUCUACACGCAGUACACAAGUCCCAAGAACCCAAUCGGUGUAACACCAUUCCAACCCACAGGCGGCGCCUUCAAAUCGAUGCCCAUCAGCCCUAAGGGCAGCGGUGGCAAGCCUGAGGACGCUGGAUCCCUGCAGCCACAUAUCAAGCAGGAGGACAUCAAACAGGAGCCGCCAUCGCCAUACAAGCUGAACAAUGGUUCGGGAUCCAGCGCCGGAGGGGGCGUUGUUAGUGCUCCGCCACCGAACAGCGGAAGCGUCGGUGCCAUCUUCAACUUCAAUGUGCCAACAGCGACGGCUUUGAGUCAGAAGCAGUUUCAUUACCCGAUGCAUCAUCCCCAUCGCAGUCCCACGGAUCUUAGAGCUGCCCACCAGGCGUGUGUGCCAUCGUCGCCAGCUGGCAUGGGAUUAGGGCAUGCGGCCAACAUUGCCACGCCUCCAGCAUCGGCGCCUGCCCAGAUCAUGGGAGGCGGUCCAGCCAGUCAGAAAAUGUUCUUCGCCAUGAGUCAUCCGUAUACGUUGCUGCAGCGUUCCCACCAACCAGGCACUCCCAGCCUAGAGCACUUGCAGCUGGAUGCGUUUGCGCCAGGAGGUUACACCCUGAGGAACCACAAUGGACUGUCUUCUCUGCCGCCGCCCGUGAGUGCGCAACCCACGAUGUUGCUGCAUGGAUACACGCCCAGCCAUAGCGCCGAACCACCAGCUAGAUCGCCUUCGUACAAAUCGAUGCCCUCUACUCCAAAAUCGGCCACAUAUCUCAUGAGUGCGCCACCGGAGCGGGGCAUGGAUGGAGGAAUGAGUGGAUGUGCAUCAGCAGCGGCAAGCGGGGGAGAUGAAAGCGACAUGGACGCGGAUGGCCAGCAAUUUAUAUUGGCACCCACACCUGCGCAAUUGGGUAGAGCUCCACUGCAGAGGCGGAAGAAUCAAUCUCAAAGCAAAUCAGAGAGCAAUGUUUCCUUUGGCGGUAAUCUGGGGACCAGCAAUGGACAGCACAUUAGUCGCAAGCUGCACUCACCCACAAUGAUGGAAUCGUCAUCGCCCAUCAUAGGCCACGUGAACAGCAGUAACCUCAGCUCGGCCCUGCCCACGCCCACGUCCUCGACAACAACACCAAACAGUGAUGAGCAACUGCCUCUGACGCCGACAACCAGCAGCAGCAACAGUCACAUAAAUCAGCAGCCAAAGUCACCGAUGAAAGGAGCUCCAGGAUCAACGGCAGCGGCCCUGAAAAAAAAGAACGAUGAGAUGAAUAACAGUGUGCUCAAGCAGGUCGAUUUUGAGAAGAAGUACAAGGCCCUGCCGCAGUUCCAGCCUGAGGAUUGCCAGUCGCCCAGUGCCAUCGCUGUGCCUUCAUCGCCACGUGUCUACGGCACGAAUUACCGCAAGAAGAACACGGCUCCGCCGCCAGUUCAGAAGCUAAUGUGCGAGGACGACUCUAUUGACGAACCAGCAUCGGCACCGCCUACGACCACCCAGCGAUUCUUUGGCCCGGACUUUAACAACGAGCUAAAGGACGAACGCCUUGCAGAACUGGAGAGCUCUGAUCAAACGGGACGCUCACCCAGGACCCCAAAGACACCGCUUCAAAGCGCUCGGUCCGAUGCCAGUGAGAAAGGACACCGCAAAGUCCUGGAGACGCGACGCAGCCUGGUCUUGCAGUUGUUUGCCGAGCACGGCAACUUUCCCACUGCCCAGGCCACUAUGGCCUUUCAGUCUAAGCACAGCGAUGUCUUUCCGCGCAAGCAAGAUCUUCAGCUGAAGAUACGAGAGGUGCGUCAGAAGCUGCUGGGCCAAGCAUCCUGCACUCCACACUCGGCGGGCCCCAACACACCGUCUGAUUCCAACUCGUCGUCGACCACAUUGAGUGCCAGUAGCACCAGCUUGAAUAUGCAGGCCACCAGUGCGGCAGAUGUUUUUCAAUAUUACUAAAUAACAGGUUGCCACCAACAACAGCACCCUGCGCUGCAGCCCCAUCCCGCCACCAAAACCACUGAAUCUGAUGCCAAGUACAAGUAAUUUGAAGUGGAAAAGGACGGGAAGUUUGGCGGGAACAGAACAAGACAACAGAUUGUUUGCUGCAAGUGACAAAAUUACUUAAGGAUAGUAAAGGAAUCGACAACAAGAAUUGCAGCAACGCAGACUCACAAAACGAAACGGAUAUACAAAAAAGCUUACACUUAGCAAACGCUCAUGCAUCAGAUGCGUGGUUAA